CUCAAAUCUAAAGAAGGUUUGCCUUGCGUGCUUUUCCACCGCCGGCCAAAAAAAUGGGCAAAGGCGGUUACGGCAAAGGGUGGCAGAACCGACGGUGGCAACCUGCCCACCAGCAAUGGCAUUCCAGCCACCAUGACCGUGCGUCAUGGCACAGCCAAUAUCGCCAGCCCCCACGUGAGAACUCCCUCACCCACCUUUGCGCCGGAGUAGUCACCUCGGCCUUCGAAAGAGUGUGUUCUGGAGUGGCGUCAGCUACUUGGGCUGCUGUCCAAGGUGCCGCCAACACUUUGAUGAAUGGUCGCUCAGCUACCCAAGCCCAAAUGCCAGCAUCAAAAAGUGGCCCUGCCGACAUUAUGAAGUGUUUGGCCGGUAGUGGCACCAAACCAGAGCAGCCAGCACACCCACCUCGCGAGACUGUGCCUACACCAAAUGCAAACCAGAACCAGUCAGUUGCAGAGCAAAUGGUGCUCAAUUUGCAAGAGCAGCAACUGCUCCUGCAAAAGCAACUUUUGGCUUUGCAAGAAAAGCAGCAGGCAGUGGAGUGGCAGCAGCAACAACAGCUGCGACAAGCACUGAAGAUAAACCUCGCCAGAAGGUACCUGCCCAGCCAACCGAUGAAGACCUAGACACACCAGGCAGCAAUCCCCCCCGGCCCAAGGUGCCAAAGACCAAGCACGCAGCAAAGCCAAAACCAAAGAGCAAAUUGACAGCGAAGUCCAAAGCGAUCAAAGGCAAGAAGCCAAAGGCCGAGUGACUAGCAGCUGCGCUUGCGCCCUGUGAGGCUGGCCUCCGGGUACUGUUGUGGCAACUUUGCCGACUUACAGUACUUCUGGGCAUGUGUUGGGGCCUGCUGUUCGUCAAUUUGCAACUGGCGGAAGCAAGCCUGCAAGCAUGGGGGGCUCUGCAAGGGGCCAAACUCGCCACCCAGGCGCUUGUUGAAGCAGCUGACAAAUUUGCACAUGUGAGCCGUGAGGCGGCUCAUUUUGAGCCCGCCCAUUUUGCAUCCAUUGGUGGGUUUACCCAUCUAGCCAUGAAUGUGGCCAAUUUCAUGCUUGAAUCUAGACAUUUGCCAUCUCUUCUGAAUCACCCGUUUUCUUGAUUUGCGCCUUUGUGUUUUGUUGUUUCUGAAGGUCAGAAGAUGGAAAUUCAUUUCACCGCAGUCAGAGGUUCAAAGGUUCAAAGGACUGUGUCGCAGUUCCCGCUGCGGCGCGACUAGUUCUGGCGCACGCCGCGCUUAAGCCAGACCGAGUGGCGGCAGUCCAGGGAGAAAAAA